AUGAAGGAUCAAUACUCCUCGUACAAAAAGAUAGCGGCGCCUUCUCCGCUUUUAGCCAGCCGCGGCCCGGCCCAUGCCUUUAAUUCUCGAAUUCCUCCCCCCCUCACCAGGGCGAGCCCCGACACAGGGAGGGCUCGCGAAUGUCUCGAACCUCCAGAUGCCGCCGGCGCACACGAGUCGCCCGGUGUUCUGUUCCCCUUCCAGUCCAACUUGUUUGCGCGCCACCUGUGCGACAACGAGGGUUCGCAAUCGCCAGAACCGGCCGGGGUCCUCGUUCGUAUACAGCCCCAGCGCGUGGAAAGCUGA